AUAUUUGUUCCGGAUAUGCCUUCACCUUUAUUAAAUUUUGAUUUACUCAUUGUGAAAAAUCUUCCAUUACCAUUUGUUUGUGUUGGAGUCUAUCGACAUCAUUCUCGUAAAGGUCGAGAAGGUCAACGUUUUCGUUUACAUUUAAUUGAUUUAAAUAGUUCUGGACCUAAUCCACCACAACUGCCUCCAGUAGUUUCAUCUAUUCCUCCUCCUCCUCCUCCUGCUCCUAUUUCAUUAUCUUCUGUUACUGCUACUGUUUCUGUCAGUGCAAUGACGUCAACUAAUAUCACACCUAUUAGUACUUCUACAACAACAACAACAACAACUUGUGUAUCUCCAAAUCAUUCCAGUUUAUUAGUGGAUUCAUCUGCAUCUCCUCACUCUGUAAUAUCACAUUCAGAAAAUAUUCAUGGAUUAAAUGAUUCCGUUGAAUUAACAAGUAGUAGUAAUAAUAAUAAUAGUAAUAGGUUGACUAAUAGAACACAAGUAGUUCUUAAAUCAGAUCAAACGAAAGCUGAAUUACAACGAAAGAAUACUCUAUUUUUACCUGAGGAUAUUCUACCGGUUGUUGAAACUGUACAAUUAGAGCAUAAUACUAUAUUAAUAUGCUUUUUAGAUUGUGCUAAAGUUGUCAGUUUAAAUGGUCAAAUUAAAUCCAGUCGUCAUCGUGCCACAACUUUAGAUUUUAACGGAAUCACAGUUGAGUCUAUUGUCUGCCUUCGAGAUAGUAUACUUGUAUUUCAUCCACAUGGUCUAUUAGGAAAAAGUUUUACUGGAGAGUUAACUCAAGAAAUUAAUGAUAAAGAAAAUAUUUAUCGAUUAUUAGGAUACAAUCGGUUAGUUAUUCAUUAUUAUAUAUAUAUAUCAAUAUAAUUUAUUUAUUUAACUACAUAAAGAUUGAUACAAAGAGGCACAAAAUUGAUUUGCUUCAUAUGAAUCAUACGAUUUAUGUAAGAGUUGUGUUACUGUGCAGGUUACCCAAACCGAAGCAGGUUGGUUUUGUGAUGGAGGGGAAGGGGAGAGGGGCAACACUCAGAACGUUCAACUUAAAGAUGUAAUCCACAAGGUUGUGGAGGAAUGUUAAGAGAUGCAAUCCCAUCCAUGGUAGCUGGUCAUGGACAAUAGGUUUCUACGCCAUUUAUUCCCUCAGUCUCUUGGAGCCCAUGUGCACCGUUGGUUUGGAGUUAGGAUUUUCCAACUCCUUUAGAUGGAUCUUCCAUAUCCACUAACCCAGUUGAAGCUCUGAACAUUCGUUUUUCAUGUUUUCAAGGUUGUGAAUAACACCACCAGUAGAAUACAGUGAAUAGGACGUUUUCGCGACAGUGAUUUUAUGCGCGUUUGGAACAUUCGGAGAGGGAGUGUUGACUUUCCUCACUUUCGGUUAUACCCUAGAGCAUUUGGUGGUUGGGUUGAAUGAGCAAGAAUUGAUCGACCUAAAUUUCAUGCUAUUUUGUACUUAUUCACUACAUAUGCUUUCAAUUUCAACAUAACCAUUGCCUUAUUAUAGAAUUUGAAUUCACGUUAAACAACUUUAUAGUUUGCAAUGUGUGAUUAUCAUGAUUAGCUUUAUUCACUAUGAUAUGCUUGGUAGAGUAUAGAAUUGUCAACAUGAAGUAUAUUUCAUCAAGUUUUCAUUUGUUACUUACUUGGUUGAUCCUGAAUGGUUACCAGUUAGAAGUUGGCAAUUCAAUCAAUCGACAUCAGUUUCACUAUAUAUUACCUACCAGCCAACCAUGAUGUCUCUGUUUGUGAACUCUUUUGUAAUCUGUAUAAUGAAAGGUUGUACAGUUUUCGGAAACACAUUUGAAUAGUUUAUGUGAUUAACAGACUUAAUGAUGUGUAUUAAAACAAAUAAGUAAGCAGAUCACUUGUUGAAAUAUCGAGAUAGCAAGAACAGUUAGCUUCGAUGUUCUAGUAGGACAUCAUUGAUAUUAUUGAUUUCGUGAUCAUUUUGAAUAAACUAAACAUUGAGUAGAUUGUUAUAAACCAUAGAAUAAUAGUAAUGAUAAUAAUAUAUUUGUAGAUAUUCCAAUAAUUAGAGAAAUUAAACUUUCUGACGUUUCGUCACUGAGUGUAAGUCACUUCUUCAGAGAAUAAAUCACUAACAAACUGUUAGCAACAGUUGGGCUAGCUAUUCUCCUAUACGAUCAUUGAUAUUCUCGAUCAUAUGAGAUUAAGAUCAAAAUGUAUUGAUCAAUUUUGAUGAUUAGAUUCGUUGAACUAUUCUAUAAUAUUGAUAUUAUUCUAUUGUAUUUUUAUUUAUUUCAUAGGAAUAUUAUUGUUGAAAGUCGACCAGCUAAUAAUCCAAUGUCUAAUUCUAAUGUAUACAUCUUAACUGAUAAUAUGGAGAAUAUUUAAUCUAUAUAUAUAUACAUUGGUAUAUGUCAAUGUAAACCUCUUAUUAUAAGGGUUAUGUAAUCAGAGUAAAUUGAAGAAAAGGGAACGAAUCAUUCAUAUAUAUAUAUAUAUAUAUAUAUAGACCUCCCUCUCUCUUUAUAUAUGUACUUUUAUCUCUUCUCCUUUUUGUCUAUACACAUUGAUAAACAAACAUUCUGUGUGAGUGUGUGUGUGUGUGUGUGUAAGAUGGUUACUAGAUUUCUUCAUAUUCUUUCUGGUUUCUUCGAUAUAUUUUGUUUCUUUUUUUCCUUUUUUAUAAAUCAAGUGCUUUUAUCUAUCUAUCUAUCUAUCUACCUACUUACCUACACUUUAAUGUUGAUCAUGUCAUUGUCUUAUUCUGAAAUUGUUCAAUAUUAUUUAUUACUUAGAUAAUUCCAAUUUUAUAUAAUAUACAUGAACGCACAUAGAUACUGUUACGAUCUUGAUUGGAUAAAGCAUUUGUUCUUAGCUUUAAAAUCUUGCUUCUGUUCUUCAUCGAUUCCAAUAAUAAUAAUAAUUAAUAAUAAUAAUUCAUGUAUAAAAUAGGUGCUAUGGAUAACAUUUUGAAAAUUCUUAUCGUCAUUUAUGCACAGUUCAUCUUUGUUUCUUUCUUUCCUUCUGUGUUUCUUUUUUGUCAAAUCCGUUUUUAACUACUCAUAAGUAGUAUAAAUUUAAAUACAAAACAAAAAGAGACAUUUCCUCAUAAUGACAGAUAGUAAACAUGAUAUGUUGUCAUAUUCUUUCUUAUCUAUUAAUCAUUUAUACAAGUUAUUUGGCUCUUUUAAUUCUUUAAUCAGAUUAUAUGAUUACACAACUGAAGCCAUAAUACUAAUAAUAUAAGUUAACCAAUAAUACAGUUGUGAUCUUUGUUACCAAUUCUCUUUUAUAGGGUUAAAAUAAUUUAUGAAUAUAUAUACUUAUAUGCAUACAGUUGGUGUUUAUGAAUUAGUCUGUAUAUUCUUUCAUUAGUUUUGAAUGUGCUCCUUUUCCCUAUUGAUUGUCUAUUUUGUCAAUAUAAGCCUAGAUAAAGUUCCUUAAGUAUAUGGAAGAUGUAUUCAUGUGAUAGCCCCCCUUUUUUUGUUUGUUUUUCUUUUCUUUUUCCCUCUCCCUCUCUCUUUUGAUAAUUCUUUCUUUAUUUUUAUUUGUCAUUUUAAGUAUUAUUCUCUCUCUCCUUCCCUCUCGUUUAAAUUCACUUGGUGUUGUUUUAUUUAUAACUUCCCAUUGUUACUAAGACCUACAAUUGAUCGGUUUUCUGUUGGCAUAUGUGCAUCCUGUGAGGAUUGAUUCGAUCUAGUCUUACGUCACGGGCUUUCUAAGCAAAGGUCGAUAAUGGCGUGAACAUCAAUUCUGUGAUGCUGUUACAUCCAACUGACGAGUCGCAAACAGGACGAAACACGCUUUGUCCUCGAUUCCACUGCUAGUCACUAUCCAUCUUUGCACAUAAAGAUUGUGACUUAAGGCAAUAUCAAGGCGAUCCUCACAGGAUGCAAAUAUACCAACUUGACACUGAUCAAUUACGGUCCUAAAGAGAUCAAUGAGAAGAUUCAAGUAAAACAAUAUCA